AUUUGGGAGAGUGGAAAUAAAAGGAAAACGUCUUCUGUUGUGGGGUGCACUGCUCUCUAGAUUUUAAUGGUGUUUCCACGUACAAAAAAAGAAAAAUAGCUAUAGUGUGUUGUUCUUUCCACUUUUCCAGGAUUAUUUCGAUCGUUGUAAAAAGUAUUCUCUCCUCGAUUCAGUUUAUUCCCUGUGUACCGUGCACUGAAAGUAUAUAGUUCUUUUGUACGUGGAUUAGGCGGCUUUUUUGAGAACGGAGUGAGGAAAAGCUCUAAAACCUCAAAGCAGUGAAACGGUGUUCACAGCUUCUAGCUUUUCCGGCUAGAUACAAAAGAAAACGAAGAAAGAGAUCGCAAUUUGAAGUGAAGUGAAGUGAGGUGAAAAUGGUGCCGAUAAAAGGGAUUUAUCUAGUACUCCUGGUGCUAGUUGCCAGCAGCAGUUUCCACAGCAACCAGGUGAAGGGCGAGAAGUACGAAGAGGACGACGAUGACUACUACGAUUCAAGAGAACGUAUCCUGGAGUCGUCGUACCACGGCUUAAUAAAAGAGAACGAAACGUUCGUCGAAAUAACGCCGUUAAUCAAAGUAGACGAAACAAAAAUAUGCGGAUUCCACAUAAUCAAGAAAAAUAAGGAGAUACCAUUUCAGAUCGAGCUAGUCAACGAACUGGGCAUACUGAAAGCGAAAAAGUCAUUGAAUUGCGAAAAACGCAAAAACUACAAAUUCGACAUCACGGCCGUGUUCUGUGAUGGAUCGCACUCGAAAAGCGCAAACGUUCACAUCUCGGUGAUUGACAUAAAUGAGUAUUCGCCGACAUUCCUGCAGCCAUCAUACGUAACGGAGGUGGACGAAGGUCGUCUGUACCAGGAAAUCAUUCGGGUGGAAGCGACAGACAAGGAUUGCACCCCCCUAUUUGGCGAUGUGUGCAAGUACGAAAUCCUCACCAGCGAUCAGCCCUUCACCAUCGACAACGAGGGCUCGAUUCGGAACACCGAACCUCUGUCGCACAAAGCGUCCCACAACCACAUCCUGUCGGUCGUGGCCUACGAUUGUGCGAUGAAGCAGUCCGCCCCCGUCAUGGUGAACAUCCGAGUGCGGCGAGUUUGCGAAGCGCACGUCAUGGGAGUUGCCGAGCGAAUUGACUACAUUGCCAACUCAAUGGAGAGCGUGUCCUUGUUCCCGAAGAUCCACCUGGAACUUUGUGAUAUGCAGUGCAAAGGAGAAGACAUGGUUAUUCAAUCUUCGGUUUCACUCAAAACUAAACACAUUUCAUUUGGCUGCGACCGGGAUGCUAGUCAAUGUUUGAAAAAGCUCAGCGAAGAGGAGCAGAUUGAGAGUGGGCUGGUUGACCUCCUGCAAAAGAAUACCGAAUGGACCAAGGAUCUGACUUACGAUGAGGGAACUGAAUCGAUUUUCCAUUUCGAUGGAAGCACUGGAGCCAUUAUACCGAAGAAUGUGCUCAAAUCUCAAGAUUUUGCAGCUCAUCAGUUCAGCAUCAUGACAAUGUUCCGUCAUCAUAGCAUUUCUACCAACGAUAAACACACCAAAGAACAUGUCAUUUGCAGUGCUGACGACCAUAAAAUGAAUCGCCACCAUAUGGCUCUAUUUGUGCGAAAUUGCCGUCUUAUUUUAUUGCUGCGUAAAAACUUUAACGAUGGCGAUUUGAACAUCUUCAGUCCAGCUGAAUGGCGCUGGAAGGUUCCCCAGGUUUGUGAUAACGAGUGGCAUCAUUACACAAUCAACGUUGAUUUGCCCAAAAUUGACCUGUACAUCGAUGGCAUUAAAUUCGAAAGCAAUGUGGAAGACCGCCACAGCAAUCCGGAAGUGAUUGACGAUUGGCCAUUGCAUGCGGCUCACGGAAUCAACACAACUCUUGCCAUUGGUGCGUGCUAUCAGGGCUCGGAAAACCGCUUGAAACAUGGCUUCAGCGGCGACAUUUCUGAAAUAAAACUGUCUCUGAAGAAAAUCCUCACACCAAACCAGAUUCGAUGUGGAACAAAUUGUGCAGAAAAGCUACUUCCUCCUCCAGAUCAUUUCUUAGAGCCUGAACAGCAAAUUCAGUCAAAUACUCAAAUGAACAAAAUCAUCAUCGAAGGCAGCAAUAAGAGCAAUAUCGAACAAUUGCUUCAGCAGAUCCAAUACAUCAACACAAAAGAUAACCCAACGAUUGGCCGUCGCAAUAUCCAAGUUAUGACCACCGUCAGCUGUCCAAACAAGAAAGCGAUUCGAUUGCCAACAAUCGAUACUUACAUCAUGGUGACAUCAUCCAACAUUUCGUCUCCACCAGCCACCGCAUCCGCAAAUCUGUACAGCAAAAUUCUCGUCGAUAAACCGUUGACGGUUGACCAGAAGCCACAAAUCGCCAUCACUGGCAACUCCAACCACCUCGUGUCCUAUCCAGAUAUCAAGGAUGGCGUGAAGAUCUUAGCACAAAUUAACAUCAGUAUUUACACCGGCAAGGAAAUCCGUCCAGCGUUGCAAAAGCUUGACUCGUGCAACGUCAUCGUAUUCCCCAGCCUUAAUCCGGACCACGAGGAAAUCACCAUCGACGACAAAGACGGCACCGAUGAGUCGUUGUUCAAGUUCGACAUCAAAACCAAAAUCAGCAAAGACGGCGUGGAAAUGAUCGGAUACGAUACGAUUGAAAACUAUCAGCACAUCCUGAAAUCGUUGGUCUACAUCAACAAGAAGCCGGCGUACUACCUGAACCGGGUAUUCAAGCUCACCUGCUCGCAGGUCGACGAUCACUUCCGAAGUGCGGAGUACACACUAACCCUGACGGUGCUGCAUCCGAAGCAGCAGCCCACGUCGGCGGCCACAUCGUCCAACGUGGUGAUGGCGGUACCGUCGGUCAUACCGACCUCGGCCUCCGAAGGUCAGAUACAUUCCAGUGCUGCGGUGGCUGCGGAAUCGCAUGACACUAACCAGUACGCUCAUGCGAUGCUCCAUUCGCAUGACAUCCAGGAGUCACAGUCCAAGGUGCACAACCUGGCACACGACAAAGCCCAGCUGGCCUCGUCUCACUCGACCAUGUUGAUCGUGGUUAUAUGUGCGUCGUUUGUGCUGCUAAUCUGCGGAGUCGGAAUCGCCCGUCUGCGGAACAACGGCAGUGGAAGCGGCACCAGUCAGUCCCAGAACCUGGACAAGCACCAACCGUGCCCGAAGGUGGCACCCGAGCAGCAGCUGGACUGGGACGACUCGGCACUAACCAUCACCAUAAAUCCCAUGCAGAAUGAUAACCUCUCGGAUGAGAGCUCCGAGUCGGAAAAUUCCGACUCGGAAGACGAGGAGGUUAUCAACGGACGUUACAAAAAUGUCAGCCAGCUGGAAUGGGACAACUCAACAAUCUAAAUGAAUAUAUCAAAAAUUUUAAAUUAUGGAAAAUUUAUUGCAUAUUUUAAAAUUAAUAAAACCAACAAAUUGAAACAAGCAAAAUUGCCAUCCACUUUCCAACACUUACACACAGACAGAGACACACGUAAAAAACACGAACACGUAUAGGAUAAUACAGAAACAACAAAAACAGCAGCAGCAGAAUAGCAUCAAUAGCAAACAACGCGCGAAGUAGUAAACUCUGAUGGAGUAGGGCGAACUUGAACAAAAAAAAAAGAUACGGGAUAAAUGAACCCAUCCAUUUUGGUCCUAGCACUGACCAACCGUCGACGGUGUCCGGCUGGAGCAGAACCCAUGAGCUGAAGGGGCAGCAGAAGGUAGUGAGAGUGGGAGGAACCAACAGGACGACAGACAGAGCCGAUCUAUGCAUUAUUAACGAGCGCAAACAAUAGUGAUAACUGAAUGAACCCGGCACCGUGUCUCAUCGCCGUUAGGUCGCAUGAGUUGAUAUUAGUGCGAGGGGGGUGGAACAGAGCGGGAGGAAAGCCGCGCAGGUGCGACGCGGAAACAAAAGUGAAAUACCAUUCAUUGUUCAUUUCAAUACGAUUUUAUUUUAUGUUUUUUUUUCUACUGCCUUUGUUAGAAGCAACGCGUGGACGAGAUGGGCCUUCGGUAUGGUAUGGGUUGGACCAAAUGAUUAUUUUUCGCAUUGCACACCUGAAGGCCGUCGAAUGUUCAAACCUGUAAUGUUUGAACUUCUGCUUAAAAAAAUGCAUUUAUUAGGCCAUCCCGUGUAUAAUUACGAACUCAUCAAUGUGAAAUAUUGUGUUGAUGAAUAAUUAUCAGCUCUUGUAACGACAUAUUAGACUGUCUAUUUGGAUGUUUCUGUCUUUAUUGAAAAAGAAACAAACUAAUGAGAUGUUUUUCUUUUUAACACUUAAAAUGGAACUUGGUGAAAAAUAUUUUGAGAAUAUUGAAAGGCAUUAUCCAAAAAUUGAUUAUUUUGACUUAAAUAAGCCACUUAUCACGAAGUUCAACAGGUACUUAAAUAUUGUCGAUAUAUUUCUACAGCAAUAGUUGAUCUUUUAGACACGGCGGAGUUCUAUGAGGCGCAACAAGGAAACAGUAUUAAAUCAUCAUAGCGUGUCACGGUGUCCUCAACAGAUUUGUUCAUAUCAAAAUAUGAGAUAGAAUGUAAAAUUAUAUGCUCGGAAAUACACUGACAAUCUCGGUCGUUGAAUCAAAAAUCCA